CGCAGAUUUCGCGGGUUCGCUGGGUGGCGGCUGGGGUCCCGGGAGGGUGGGGAGAGCCGGAGCCGUAGGGAGGGGACGGGAUACGGUGCACCGCUUCCGCGCCUCGCCAGAUGCAGCCGCUCGCCACUACUGCUGUACCUAACGCUGAGUUAUAGCGUUAAAACCAACCCCGGAUCAGGAUGGAGUGUUUGAAAUUGAAAGACCUCCGGGGAAAACGAAUAGGAAAGUGCGAUGUCGCCCCGAACACAGUCAAUGACGAAGCUCACAGUGCACAGAAGGAAAACUGGUUCAGAAGCUCGCCCAAGACCCCAGUGAAGACGGAGCUGGCACCCAGCGCCGUCUCCAGGCGCAAGUGCUGCACCCCAGACCGGGUCCAGGUGACGCCGAGCAAGCUCCCCGACAAGUCGCCCCCUGAGCCCUGGUCGCCCACGGCAAACCUGAGGAUGCUGAUCAGCGCGGCCAGCCCGGACAUCCGUGACCGGGAGAAGAAGAAGGAGCUCUUCAGGCAGAUUGAAAAUGAGAGGGUGGAAAGUGCUGGGGAUGUUAUUCAGCUUGUAGCCGUCGAUGACGGUGCCACGGAUGAAUUUGAGCAGCAACGUCCCAGCAGGAAGCAGAAAAGUCUGGGACUUCUGUGCCAGAAAUUCCUCGCCCGCUAUCCCAAUAAUCCCAUUUCCACCGAGAAAACAGAAAUUUCCCUGGAUGAAGUGGCCACUGAGCUUGGUGUGGAGCGCAGGCGUAUAUAUGACAUUGUGAAUGUCUUGGAGUCCCUCCAACUGGUCAGCCGCGUGGCGAAGAACCAGUACUCCUGGCACGGACUCCUGGGACUUGGGCAGACGCUGGCCGUCCUGAAGCGGAGGGGAGAGCAGCUCGGUUACGUGGAGCAGCUGGCUCACGUCCGCCACCGGGACCUGGAGCUGGAGCUGGAGCUCGACGCAGACGGGGAGGAGAGGAGGGAUGCUCCCCAGGAGAACUGGGGGGGCUGCCAGGAACCGGCCGGGGAUUCACCAUCUCCCGAGCCCAAGAGUAAAUCAGUGUCCAUGAACAGCAGGAAGGACAAGUCCCUCCGCAUCAUGAGUGAGAAAUUUGUGAUGCUCUUUCUUGUCGCUGAGCCCAGAACAAUCGCCCUCGACGCUGCUGCCAAGAUUCUCAUUGAAGAAGGUCAACCGGAGGCUGUGGACAGCAGCAAGUUCAAGACAAAGAUCCGCAGACUCUACGACAUCGCCAAUGUACUGACUAGUUUGGGACUCAUCAAGAAGGUCCACGUGAAUGAACGGGGCCGGAAGCCGGUGUUUCAGUGGGUGGGGCCAGUCUGCCGAGACCAGCCUGAUGCAAGAGCGUUGGAUGCGGUGGGCUCCUCCGGUAAAAUGGCUCAGCUUGUUGCAGCUUGUAAGCUCCAGUUUGAAGAAGACAAUAAAAACUCUGAGUCUCGCCCAAGGGGUGGAGUUAGCCAGCCAGAGGCUGCUCCUUUGGUGGUUGCCUCUUCCAUUGCCUCCCUCGCAAAGCUCCCAGCCCCGAGUGACCAACUGUGGACUUCCUGCCUUCCCGUGAAGGGUUCCGCCGUGCCCCAAUCCACUGCACCCGGCUCGGACGAAGGCUGCCCCAUUUUCCACAGGGGCCAGCCCUUCGUCCUGCUGCAGAGCCUGCCCUCGACUCCCGUCCUCGUGAUGUAUGGCAACGUGGAUGCCAGCUCUGAGUCCCGGCCGUCUGAACAAGGAGGGGUAUCGCCACUUGGGUGCAGGGAGCAGAGGGCUGGCAGCUGCCGUAAGCGCAGUCCUGCACAACAGCAUUCAUUCCCUUACGGACAAGGGCAAGACAGUGAACCCUACACAAAACGGCAGAAAGCUCACGGUUCCAUUGAAUGUGAAUCGGCCGGGAACUUAGCUUCAGUACAAUCUGCAGACAAGGAGACACCACUCCGGCACGGAGCCCUGGGCGGUAGUUCAGAGGGCUCGACUGUGGUUACUGGGACCUCUGCUCAGUCCGCAGCUCGCGAACUGGCGUUUAGGUCUGUCUCGAUGGGAGCACAGGAGGAGGAGAAACCGGAUCACUCAAAGACGCUGGAGAACGGCUCCUCAGCACCGCCUCGGGUGAACGACGGGAAUCAGGAGCCUCCGUCCUCCCGCGUUCCCAAGUCGUUCCUCACCGGCAGUCAAAGUGGAUUACCCGAAAACGGCCCCUGCUAUUGCCUGCCUGCUGCCUCUGGACUGAGUGACGUGAACCUGCUUCUCUCCGCUGCCCCCGGACGAGGAGGAUUCGCCAUUCCCCUGGGGCACCUCGCCCCCACCACCCUCCCUUACCAGGUGAUGUUGCCUGUCCUGCUGCCCACCACCACGUCUGCGGGGGGCUCCCUCCUACCAGGCCUCAGCCUCCUCCCAGCUGCCCAGAUUGUGAUGGGGGGCGAUCCCGUUUCGCCGCCGGCCAGCCCCACCGCCGGGUCGCCCACCCAGGAACGCCAGGUUUACUCAGCCACGAUCGCUCCGUCCUCCAGGGAGAGUCCCCCUUCCAAGACUGAGACCUCUGCAGUCCAGCCUGUCACCGUCCUCAAGCUGCAGAGCCAGUCUCCGGUAGCCGUGGCUGCCAGCGACGUUCAGCAGGCGAGCAUGGAGACCUACUUUCACACACCUGUCCCCGUGCUACAGGGCAAGCAGCUGCAAGGGGCGCAGGUCAAGACAGCGUCGCCUGCCCAGCGCAAGUUGGAAAUUGAGAACAGUCUCGCCAAGUAAACUCUCCAAAUAUGCCACCUCUCUCUUGUGGAGCUUCAUCACUGGUGGAACGGUAUAUCUCUGCGGUGUUAGGGAUUAAAAUCCCCAGGCAUUAUUCAGUCUGCCCUGUCAUUCUCCAGUCCGCUGACUCCACACUAAACCUUGAUUGCAUGUGGUCGGGCAGUGAAUAACUGUGAAACAAGGAAGGCAUCACUAAGAAUUUUUAAACAUUGUUUUCUUCCCGCAGUUUUUUGAGGGAGCUUUUAUCAUAACGCUAUGAUUUACAUUUUAAUAUAUUGAAGGUUGCCGGAAAUAUUUCCAGUGGCAAAUUGGAGCCGUCUUCCCCUCCGGGUACCAAAAAGAACUUAAAACCACCCUUGAGUGCGGAAGGUCGAGGGCUCCAAGGUCAGGGAAUGUUCAAUCAACCACAACUGUUACGAGUGUUACUGACUCUCCUGAGGUAAACUUGCCUUUGCAUUGGAGGUUGUCCAGCUCCUUAAAGGUGCAGGUUAGGAAUGUGAAUGUAUCAAGCGACUGCAGAGUGCUGUGACGUGCUGGGUCUUCAGAGAGAGAGGUCUCCCCUCUCCUGACUAAAAUCAUCACAUAGGAAGAUCUGAGUGUUAUUUUAAUGUAAUCAUAAGGAUACCUCAGCUACAAAAAGAGGGGAUUUCCUCUUUUUAUUUAUUUAUUGUUUAGCGAUAGCACUUCGAGCCCAGCAUCCCCAGUUAAUCAUGGGACAAUUUACAAUGACCAUUUAACCUACCGGCACGUCUUUGGGUGGUGGGAAGAAAGCGGAGCACCUGACGAAUCCCACCCAUUCCACGGGGAGGAUGUGCAGACUCUACUUACCGAGCAGUGACGGAAUUGAACUCCGGAAUGCCCGAGCUGUAGUUGUGUUGCGCUGAACUCAUCUCCACGAUUACGGUUCAAAGAAAGUUGUUGGACGUGGACACGCCCUGCUCCUUCCUAGCCUCCUGAUCGGACACCAGUUCGAAUCCCACCACACCGGGAGUAUGAAUUCGGAUCCUUAAACCUGUCAAUGAGCCAGUGGGAUUGAUGGUGAUUGUCAGCUAAGGGACCAAGGAGACUGGAACCUGUGCAGGAAGCUAUGUAGAGGUGCUUGAUCAGAAAGAGGUUUCUCCUUCUAUAAUGCGUAGAACAUCACAGCACAAUACAGGCCCUUCAGCCCACAAUAUUGUGCUGACAUUUUAACCUACUCCAAGAUCAUUCUAACGUUUUCCUCUCACAUCAACUUCCAGGUUUUGUGGCAACAGUGCAGUGCAAAGAUAUAAAUCUAUAAAUUGCACGAGUAAAUAAUUUUCGUAUUUCCGAAAGGAAGUCACCAGUCUGAGCCUUGUACUGUAAAUAUUCAUCUGGUGCCUUUAGGUGCCGAGUCCCAAGGAUUCUCAUUUUUUGAAAUGAAGCAACAUUUCCUUCCUAAAUUAUAACUUGCCCUCAGACCAUAAGGCAUAGGAACAGAACUGGGCCAUUCAGCCCAUCAUGGCUGAUAUACAGUAAUAUCCCCCUCAACCCCAUUCUCCUGCUUUCCCCCUUUAACCUUUGAUACCGGUACUAAUCAAGUACAAUAGGUCCACAGCCACCUGUGGCAAUGAAUACCACAGAUUCACCAUCCUCUAACUAAAGAAGUAACUUACAAUCUGUUCUAAAGGGAUGUCCUUUUAUCCUGAGUCAGCCCCACAGAAGGAAACAUCCUCUCCACAACCACCCAGUGGUCCCCAACCACCAGGCUGCAAGGAAACGAUAUGAUUUGGCGAUAUGAAAUGAUAUGAGUCAGCUGCACCGUUCCUCAUUCCCUGUCACGCACGGUUGAACUUGAACACCACCCCCCUGCCCCCGGUCGGCCGGUCCGCAAGAAUAUUGUCAAUAUUAAACCAGUCCACGGUGCAGAAAAGGUUGAGGGCCCCUAAACUAGACCUUUUAAUGUUCAAUAGGUUCGAUGAGAUCCCACCUCCCAUCAUUCUUCUAAACUCCAGGCCCAGGAAAAUCAAACACUCCUCGUACGUUAACCCUUUCAUUCCUGGGGUAGUUCUCGUAGACCUCAUCUGGAGCCGCUCCAACGCCAGCACAUCUUUUCUUAGAUAGGGGCCCAAAGCUAUAGUCCCCGUUCAGAAGUGCCUUAUAAAGCCUCAGCAUUGCAUCUUUGCUUUUCAUAUUCUAGUCCUCUCGAAAUGUCAGGCAAACUGUAGUGGCGCAAGCUGAAAUGACAAUAACAGAGUUAAUCAUGGAGGUAGGAUUUUUGCCACUUGGUCUCUUUUCAAUAGGUUUCAGCAGUGAGAUUGCCCUCCCCUUCAUUCUUCUAACCCCCCGUGGGUAGAGGACUGGUUAUGUGAUUAUGGUUGCACGCAAGGGGGCGGUCAUUAUAAACAGUACCUACUUUGUUCCUAACAGGGCAAGUAUGGCUUGGUAAAGGCCAUGAAAUUAAAAGUUAAUGAAAUCUCAUGGUGUACCAAUUCUUCUUGCCUCUUAUUUACCCCUGAAUUACUUGCCCCAUCCCUGGUUGAAGCACUUGUUCUGGUAUUUCCCAACCUCAACUUUUUCAUCCCCCCACCUUACAACAUCCCCCAUUCUCUGACCGAGAUUUCGAUCAUCUGACCUUUGCCUCUGCAGUGGAACUGUUAGCUAUUACCCAUUAAACAUUAGCUACUCUGUAACUGGGCACGAAUGGAAAGUGUUAUAAUUAAUUCUGAGCUGUUGUGCCAAUGAGAAUAUUGAAUUAUGAUACUUGACGAUUUGUAAAGUGUGUUUACAUUAUAAUUAUGAAUGUGGUGCUAAUUUUUGUCGUCUUAAUGCUGGAUUCUCUGACUUCCAAUGGUGCCUGGAUGCACUGUAUGUAUCGGGUGGACCUGUGUAGCUGCGUUCCUGACCCGAGGUUCUGCAGAUGCUGGAAAUCCAGAGCAGCACAAAAUGCUGGAGGAACUCAGCAGGUCAAGCAGUGGAGAGGAAUAAACAGUCAAUGUUUCCUCGUCAGUUGGUUUAUUGAAUUAGUUCUUGCAUUACCGUAAACACUUCGUCUGAUGAUUGGUCUUCAUUGCUUCGUUAAUGAUGUUACCCAGAAAUUAAGCCAUUGCUUCACGGCAUUGUAGCAGUUAGCAUAACACUAUUAGAGUGCCAGUGGCCUGGGUUCAAUUCCGUCGCUCUCUAAGCAGUUUGUACAUUCUCCCCAUGACUGCAUUAGUAAGUUAACACGGGUUAGUAAGUUAAUUGGUCACUUGGUGUAACUAGGUGGUGUGGGCUCAUUGGGCCGGAGGGGCCUGUUACCAAGUCUUAUUUCCAAAUACAAUAAACUACAAACACUGAUUUCUCCAAAUCGGGCUAAACUGCUCCCACUGCUGUUCCUCUUCUCCUGAUCCGCCACCUUCUUCCCACUAUCCUGUUUCUAUCCCUCCCCAUCUCCAUUCAGUCCAUCUGUCCAUCACCCCUAUGCUGCUCCCACUUCCCCCUCCCUCUGCACUUGUCCCCCUGCCCCAGGGAACGGUGCAAGUCCUGAUAAAGGUUCUCAGCCCAAAAACGUCAACUCUUUAUUUCUGCCGAGUUCCUCCAGCAUUCUGUCUGUGUUUCUCUGGAUUUCCCUGAAGAAUCUCUUGUGUUUAAGAUGCCGGUGGAACUCAGCGGGUCAGGCAGCAUCUGUGGAAGGAAAUGGGCAGCUGACGUUUCAGACCUGCAUCCUUCUGUGGGGUGGGGGGGGGGAGUAGGGAGAAAGAGGAGGCCCUGAUGAAGGGUCUCAGCCCAAAACGUCAACUUCAUUCUCUAGAUUCUGCCAGCCCUGCUGUGCAGCCAAUUAGGUACUGUAGUCUAUCCUGUAGGAAACAGGGCAGCAAAUUUGCAAGGACCAAUGUGAUAAAGACCAGACCUUGUUGCUGUGGUACCUGACCAACAGGAAGUGCAUCCUGUCUUAUUCUCUUCCUCCCACUGGUGUUCAAACGCAGUCCCCAAUGGUACAUCAUGUAACCACCCGGUGCAUGGUGGAAGACUUGAUUGGCGGGGAUCGUCUCGAAUGUUUCCCUGGGUAAUUCCACUUUCCUGCACUCUGGAAUUUCAAAUCUCUUGCUUCUGCGUAAAUUCUUUGUAAAAUAAUGAAAUAAAAACUG